GUACACUAUUUAUCAUUUCUGAUAUUGGUCCUCCGCAUUACACCACGGGGAAGUUCCGACGAGGGCAUAGCCCUUAGUCCUAUAUCUCCACAAAGUGGAGAUGUGGAUGCUCCCCAUAAUGAUUCUCCCGGUCAUGGCGGGUCCAGCGUACGUUUUCUACUUGAUGACUUCCACUGGAGGGCCGACGACUGACUCGGACGUCCAGAAUGGGGGGAUUCUUGUAUUAGGAUCUCCACUUGAAAAUCGGUUCGGUAAGCGUAGUGUCACAAAAACCCCGCACUCCCACAUCGUCUCAUCACUCCGUUCAUCUCGCCGCCAGACUUCCGAACCAACCAAUAACAAAGAGCAGGCAGGAACACCAGUGCAUGCGCAGCCGGUGAUGGCUCGAACCGGCUCCUCGAGCCCCAGUUGGCACGGAGUAGAGCAGCGGACCAAUGAGCCACUCCAAGUUCGUCAAG